AUGGAGGAUCCCCAACUGAACUGGCCCGACUCGACCGACGUGCUACAAGGCAUCAUGGCCGCCCAAGACGGUCCCUAUUCACAUCCAGACCUCACAGACUGUGGUCAGUCAGGUCUAACUCUCGACUCAACCCCACAUCCACUACUGGAUCUGGAUCUGGCAUCCAUCGAGCCCCGCAGCCAACCCGCUUUCUUGUGGUCAUCCACCUCCACUUCAUCCGCCGAGCCACACGACUUUUAUCACCCGUAUUAUCAUUCUUCGCGUCUUGCGGCCGAUCAGGAUGCUUGGAGCCCGCUGCAGGUCACCGGCGUUCCGACGAACCCGUCGUCCAUGUCGCAUAUGAACAUGGCGAUCGGGGAUCGGGAGGGCGGGUACGCGAAACAUCAUUAUCGUACUCCCUCCGAUUGUGGGAGUCAGUAUAUGGGCAGUUUACACUCAGGGGACUCCGGGUAUGGUGGGAGUAAUAGCUGUGCGACACACUCGGUUGUGACCUCGUCCUAUGGUGUGGACUCGAUGUCGAGUCCGCAGAUUGGACCGAAGGAGCAAGGCUUUGGAGAGUCGCUGGCCAUGUUUAGUCAAGCCUUUUCUGGUCCUCCAAUCUUUACGGCGGGCCUGGUCUGUUCCCCGGAUGACUCGGUCAAGUGUGAUCAUCCUGCUUGCACGUGGGUGGGCAAGUGCCCGUCCGAUAAAAGGAAACACGAAGCCAGACAUCGGAAGCUGUUCAAGUGUGACGAGCCUAACUGCCCUCGCAAUGAAGGCUUCGGUACGAUCAACGACUUGGCCCGCCAUAAGAAGUGCGUUCACAAUAAAGAGCCCGAGCGCGGGCCUAAGAUGAUGUAUCUCUGCUUUGGGAAGAAUUGCCCACGGCCAAACAAGAAGUGGCCUCGACUGGAUAACUUCAAGCAGCAUCUGGGUCGGAUGCAUCAUGGGGAAGAUGCGGAUGCUCUCCUCAAAAAGUCCAUGGACUGGUAUGAGAGUUUGACCGGACAACCCAGUCAAAUCCCCGAGGACACCGCCUCGCAGGACGAUCCCUUGAACGAGACACAGCAGGAUCUGGUCUCCAAUCACGAGAUGGAUCUAGAUUCCGUUGCCUCCGGGGACACUCCCGAGGAGAAUAUGGAUUUUUCACCGUCCGGCGCAGCAACACCCAAGCCCCUCCAAUAUAACAAUUCACAACCCGAGAUCCCCCAACUGAGUACUCUAGCAUCACUUACGAACGAGACCCGUGAUUCAACGACAGAACGCGGCAACAUAAAAUCAGAAACAUUCGUCGCAGACGCAGCAGACAACCUCAUCAACGCUAUGACCAAAAUGAUGAACAGCCGCGGCCGAAGAUCCAGCCAACAAAGCGACGAAGGAAUCGAGAUCGAAUCAGAUCACAACACCCUCUCCCAACCACAACGCCAAAUGCUUCAAAAAGUCCUCUCCGCAGCCCUGGAGCGUCUAUCAGACGAUGCCUCCUCGAUAGCACCCGAACCCAACGACGAGAAACAAGAUUGGUUCCAAUGUGACGUAUGCUCGAAGCGUACCCGGCUACGUUGCGAAAUGAAAAAACACCAAAAACGCCACGAACGCCCUUACGGCUGUACAUUCCCACACUGCGCCAAAUCCUUCGGCAGCAAAGCAGACUGGAAACGCCACGAAACCUCCCAACACCUCCACCUCCCCAGCUGGCUCUGCACAUCCCACGACGCCUCCAAAAACGCCUCCUGCGAGCGCAUCUUCUACCGCGAGGAAACCUACGCCCAGCAUCUGACCACGCACCACCACGUUCCUAAGGCCAAAGUCAAGAGCGUUGUGCAGGGAAGUCGGCUCGAUCUCGCGGAUCAGUCGCAUUUCUGGUGUGGGUUUUGUGGGAAGGAUGUCGCGUUGCGGAAUUCGGGGAGUGUGGCGUUGGAUGAGAGGUUUAAUCAUAUUGAUGUGGAGCAUUUUAAGAAGGGGGAGCGUGGGGGGGGAUUGGUGUUUUUCGAAUGGGGAGGGUGGUAG